AUGUGCCUUUAUUUGUUCCAGUCAUUAAGUCGUUGGUCGCGCACAUAUCGGCGGUGUCCCAAAUGUGGUGCUCCAUUACGCAUGCGUAUCAGCAAAUCUGCCGCGGGUUGUCCGAGUUGUUCGCGAUUCUACUAUCCAACGUACUCACCUGUUGCCAUCACAUUAGUCUCAGAUCCAACGAAUUCCUUCGCACUUCUCGUUAGACAUAAAGGAUCACGUAGCGGUGUUUAUACUGCGAUUGCAGGAUUCGCUCAAUCUGGAGAGUCUCUUGAAGAAUGUGUCCGACGAGAAAUAGCUGAAGAAGUAGGCAUACCCGUCCUGAGUGCCGCUUCUCUAAAUCGAACUCAGCCCUGGCCGAUGCCUGAUUCGUCGUUGAUGUGUGCUUAUUAUGCUGUAGCCGACAUGUCGCACAAGGUCGAUGCCUGUCCCGGAGAGCUCGAAUCGGCAAGAUGGUUUUCGAGAGACGAAGUUGCUGUCGCUCUUCAAAGAACUCUCAAUCAUCCUUUCUUGAAGGUACUUUUUUGUUAG